AUGGCCAUCUCACUCAGCUCGGAGCUCCUCUCCCUGUCCCAACAAUGGCAGCUCCUCCUCCUCGUGGCACUCGCCUCCCUCGUGCUCCUCAUGAGAAGACCGAGCAACAAAGGGCUCAGACUACCGCCCGGCCCAGCCCCGGCUCCGGUCCUGGGGAACCUCCACCAGCUAGGCUUGCUACCACACCAAAGCCUACGGGAUCUGGCAAGGCGGCAUGGGCCGGUGAUGCAGCUGCAGCUCGGCACAGUGCCAACGGUGGUGGUGUCGUCAGCUGAGGCGGCGCGGGAGGUGAUGAAAACACACGAUGAGGACUGCUGCACCCGGCCUGUGUCCCCAGGGAUGAAGCGGCUGUCCUACGGCCUCAACAAUGUCGGGUUCGCCCCGUAUGGUCCGUACUGGAGCGCGAUGCGCAAGUUCCUUCUGGUCGAACUCUUCGGCGUGCGCCAUGUCAAGGCCGCAUGGCAGGCACGCCAGUAUCAGGUGGAGAAACUAAUGAGCACCUUGAGCGGCUUGGCCGGAGAGCCGGUAGCACUGAAGGAGCACAUCUUUAGGCUGGCCGACGGCAUCAUCGGCAUGCUGGGGUUUGGCGAUAUGUACAACAGCGACAAGUUCCCACACCACAAGAACUUGGAGCACGUGCUCGAGGAGGCCACACACGCGCAGGCCAGCUUUUCCGCCGAGGACUACUUCCUCAACAUCAUCGGUCGCCUAGUCGACCAAAUCACCGGCCUCGCCGCUCGCCGCGAGCGGAUCUUCAAGAAGCUUGAUACCUUCUUCGAGAUCAUCAUUGAGCAGCAUCUUGACCCUCAGCGCGUCAAGCCUCAGAACGGUGACCUUGUCGACCGCCUCAUCGGUCUCUGGAAGGAUAACAGUGGCACCCUCAGCAUCACGAAAGACCAUGUCAAGGGCAUCAUCUUUGGCACGUUCAUUGGUGGCUCGGACACGGCCUCGGUGACGAUCCUAUGGGCGAUGGCAGAGCUAAUCCGGAAGCCGCAACUGCUGAAGAAGGUGCAAGAUGAGAUCAGGUCCGUGGUGGGUGGCAACGAGAGGGUGCAACCAGAUGACUUAGUAAAGCUAGGCUACCUCAAGAUGGUGGUGAAGGAGACCCUAAGGCUGCAUCCGCCAGCGACCAUGCUGCUGCCGAGGGAGGCCAUGCGGGAUAUCCAGAUUGGUGGCUAUGACGUGCCGGCCAAGACGCGAAUCUAUGUGAACGCGUGGGCCAUUGGCAGGGACCCAACUAGCUGGCCUGAUGACCCGGAGGAGUUCAAGCCAGAGAGGUUCGAGACGAGCGAGAUAGACUUCAAGGGCGCCCAUUUUGAGCUAACUCCAUUCGGUGCAGGGCGGCGGAUAUGUCCUGCGUUGUCUAUGAGCACGGCUACCGUGGAGUUCACGCUGGCCAACCUGUUGUACUGUUUUGACUGGGCGCUUCCGAAGGGGGCGGUAGUGAGCAUGGAGGAGGAAGGCAAGCUUAUCCCCCUCCUCAAGACCCCGCUCGUGCUGGUGCCCACCCUAUACCGGCGCAUGUAA